UUUAGGGGCCUAUUGUCACACCCUGAUCUGUUUCACCUGUCUUUGUGAUUGUCUCCACCCACCUCCAGGUGUCAGCUGUUUUCCUCAUUAGUCCCUGGGUACUUAAUUCCUGUGUUCCCUGCUUGUCUGUUGCAGGUUCGUCAAGUCAAGCUGGGUGUUAUUCCGUUCGCCUGCUUUUUCCUUCGCUCUGUUUUUGCUAGUCCUCCCGGUUGUGACCCUUGCCUGUCUGGAUUCUGAACCCACCUGCAUCAGUGGAUGCAUGGUGGCAAGGCGAGAGGGGGUUUCAGGGAAAUCUGCAGAUAGACACAAGGCCAGCGAGGACAUACCCCUGGAGGACAUUGUCUCCAUUCUACUUUCUUUUGGUUCUAUCUUUCAUCCUUUAUUUGUACUGUAUCGUCACUGUGUGUAUAUUCACACAUUUUUUUCGCUGUCUCUCAUCUCUCACAGUUCUUUUUUUCCUUUGCUUUUUAAUUUAAAUGCAAUAAAACUGUAAUGGAAAUGUCCCUUUUUAGGUAGAAUAAUGUGCAUUAACUUCUUACUGAUUGACUUCUUACAGAAAACAGCUAUUUGAAUCAUUGAUACCUUAACACUGGUUGUGCUGUUUUUGCACGUGUCUCCAGUACUAUAUUUCAAGUUGUAUGAACAGUAAAAAGGAAAAUAAAUACAUUAUUUCCAGCACUGAAUCUUGUACUGUACUUGUAAAUCGCAUUGUACAAAAGCAAACACAUGCUAUCUGAAGCCUACCCUAAUGAAUAUAAAAGGUAUUGGUGAUGGUCCACUAUCUCUAUGACAGGCUUAUAAAGCCUUGUUUUUAAGAAGAGCUGGGAAAAUCAAACAUUCACCUGGGUUAUGUGAACUCUCUAGCCUAUGCCUACCUAUUGAAACAUUAGGCCCUCCCUCUCAAGUAGGGGUACCUCAUUAGAAUGGGCAAGCGUUCUAUAAACUCCAUGCUAUUUCUUCAACCAUUGCAAAUGUGUCUGACUCGAACAGCCUCCUGUUGACACACUUUCCCUGUUUCCCAUAGGACGCUGUCAUUGGAUUUGUUCUAUUAUCCAGACAGGAGUGCCAUCCCUACUCCCGGUACUUCAGACUUAGGCUUGCUGACUGUCAAGGUUGUCCACCGGCACCGCACUGCCACCGACUCGACCGGACCUGAACUUGAUUGUGUGCUCAGGACUCAACGAUGGGGAAGGACGCCACAAGAGCAGAGUGGGACAAUCCCAUGCAAUUUGUCCUGGCGUGUGUAUCAUACGCGGUUGGACUGGGAAAUGUGUGGCGAUUUCCAUACUUGUGUCAAAUGCAUGGCGGGGGUGGGUUCCUGAUCCCAUACCUGCUUAUGCUGGUCCUGUUGGGGGUACCCCUGUUCUACAUGGAGUUAGCCAUUGGCCAGAAGAUGCGUCUGGGCAGCAUUGGAGCAUGGAGAGCUAUUAACCCCUAUCUGGGAGGAGUGGGUCUGGCCAGUGUUGUGACCUCCAUGUACCUAUGCCUCUAUUACAAUGUCAUCAAUGCAUGGAGUUUCUGGUACCUCUUUCAUUCAUUCCAGUCGGUCCUGCCAUGGGCAGAGUGCCCGGUUAACAGCAACCUGACCGGCCCUGUGGAGGAGUGUGAGCGGGCCACGCCCACCCAGUACUUCUUCUACAGAGAGACCCUGGACAUCUCCGGGUCCAUUGAGGAGAACGGAGGGAUUCACAUGGGACAGGCACUCUGCCUCCUGCUGGCCUGGAUGAUUGUCUACCUGUUUAUCGUCAAGGGGGUCAAGUCCACCGGGAAGGUGGUGUACUUCACAGCCACAUUCCCCUACCUGGUCCUCAUCAUCUACCUCAUCCGUGGGGUCACCCUUCACGGAGCCAUCAACGGUGUAAAGUACAUGUUCACGCCCAAGAUGGAACAGCUGGCUAACCCCACUACAUGGAUCAAUGCGGCCACUCAGAUCUUCUUCUCUCUGGGCCUGGGCUUUGGAUCCCUCAUCGCCUUUGCCAGCUACAACCAGUACAACAACAACUUUGAGAAGCAGGCCAUCGUCGUGUCCACGGUCAACAGUAGCACCUCCAUCUUCGCCAGUAUCGUCACCUUCUCCAUCUAUGGCUUUAAGGCCACCUUCAACUACGAGAGCUGCCUGGAGAGGGUGCGACUGCUGCUCCUGAACACCUUUGAUCUGGCAGAGGACACCAUCAGUCUGGAGAAUGUCAACCACUGGAUCGCUGAGCUGAACAGGACACACACGGAACAGUUUGCCAGUCUGGGAGGUAGGCUGGAGACCUGUGACCUAGAGGCUGAACUAGACACGGCUGUUGAGGGUACAGGCCUGGCCUUCAUAGUGUACAGUGAGGCCAUUAAGAACAUGCCCGUGUCUCAGCUGUGGUCGGUGCUCUACUUCAUCAUGCUGCUGCUGCUGGGCAUGGGCAGUAUGCUGGGCAACGUCAUCGCCGUCAUCACCCCCCUCAGUGACUUGAAGUUCAUCAGCCGCUACAUGAGCACCAAAACACUCAAUGGUCUGGUGUGUCUAUUCUGCCUGCUGCUUGGCCUGGGCUUCACCACCCGUUCUGGGAACUACUGGUUCACCAUGUUCAACGACUAUGGAGCCACCUUCUCUCUGCUCUUCAUCGUCCUCAUUGAAGUUAUCACCGUCUGCUACAUAUAUGGCAUCAAAAGGUUUGAGAAGGAUGUAGAAGACAUGUUAGGUCAUCGUCUUAACUGCUACUGGAAGAUCAUGUUGGCAGGAGUCAGUCCCAUCCUCCUCAUUGCCCUAUUCAUCUUCUACAUCGUCAACUACAUCCAGGGAGGAACGCCCACAUACCAGGCCUGGAACAAAGAACUGGGGAAGUCUGUGGUGACGGAGUAUCCUCCCUACGCCCAAGCCUUCAUCGGCCUCCUCCUAGCCUCCUCUGUCUGCUGUAUCCCUUUGACGGCCCUCUACACCUACUGUAAGAAGAGGAACCUGGCCAGUGGGAAGAGAGAGCGCACUGUCAGCACUGUGUCAUUGUAAAGACCGACGUAUUGGUUGACAGACAGAGUGACACAAGGCAGAGCUGCUACAUUACGGCUCUGAGACUGACUGGACCCUCUAGUUAUAGGAUCGACUGAUCGACAGCCCACCGUCCGUAUCAUGGCUGUCUUAACAGAACAGUACCUCACUCUCCUCGUGCAGUGGUUCAUGCCACACCACAAACCAAAGGCCCUCUUUCUCCGCCCGGGGCAGGCUGGCUCUGCCGCUGUGCUGCUGGUGGACAGACCGCCAGAUCUGUACCAAGCAUUAGCCCUAGUUGUCCUUUGGCAUCUAACACUUACUGGGUGAUAAUAAUGAACUUUUGUAUUUUGUAGUUGUGGUUCUGAGCAGGGCUUAGAACUACAUCCAAAAUAUUUCAGAAGUGAAAAACGAACAAAUAAUCUUGUGAAUGGUUUAUUGCAUUGUUUAAAGGCCCAGUGCAGUAAAAAAAAAUAAUGAUUUCCUGUGUUUUGUACAUAUUUCCAGGCUAUGAGGUUGGAAUAAUAAAGUGAAAUUGGGAACAUUAUUAUAAUCCCCUUUUAGUGUAAGAGCUGUUUGGUGGGAUGGAGCGUGGUAAAUUAGUUAAUAGACCAAUAAGAAAGAGAUCCAAACCUCUGCAUAUAACAGCUAGUUUUCCAUUUUCCCUUCCCCACUCAGACCUCUACAAGACAGUCCUAGCAACAUUUUUGCUUGAGAAAUAGCUCUUUGCUAAGAAGGUAUUUUGGUUUCUUUUUGACCAUUCUAAAUGAAAACAAUCACAGUAAGGUACUUA